AUGGGUUUGCCAUGGCCAGCAGCAUAUAACUAUCCACUUUACUUAUUGCCAGUUUCGAAGCCAAUUGGUCAAGUUUCUGGCUUGGGAGUGAAUUCGAAGGGAGACUUGGUCGCAUUUCACCGCGCGGAUCGGAUAUGGGAUCUAAGCUCAUUUGGGAGAUCAAACAAAUUCAACAGUAACUUGGGUCCAAUUAAUGCUAACACGAUCUAUGUCAUCAAUAAAACUGGUGGAGUAAUAGGAGAAUAUGGUAAAAAUAUAUUUUAUAUGCCUCAUGGGCUAAGUGUUGACCAGGAAGGCAAUAGUUGGGUCACUGAUGUUGGUCGUCACCAAGUUAUGAAAUUCGAUAAGGAUUAUAAUCUCUUGUUGGAACUUGGUGAAAAGUUGGUACCUGGCUCAGACAACGACCAUUUUUGUAUGCCAACUGAUGUUGCUAUUGCAUCGAACGGAGAUUUUUUUGUUGCUGAUGGCUAUUGCAAUGCUCGUAUAAUGAAAUUCAACAAAAGCGGAAAGUUUGUUGCUUCAUUUGAACACUUGAAACAUACUUCAGAAAGCAAUUUUCGAGUUCCACAUUCGAUCGCUCUCAUAGAAGAUUUGAAUAUGCUUUGUGUGGCAGAUCGUGAAAAUAACCGUAUCGAAUGUUUUGCUGCAGGGCUAAUAGGUGGACCUAUAACUCCUGCAGGCAGGAUUGGUAAGCCAAUUACAAAAGCCGAGAAUAUUGGUCCAGUCUAUGCAAUUCGGGAAAAAAAUCAUUAUUUGGUUGGUGUAACUGGAUCAAAUGGCGAAGAUAUUGAACCACAAGUUUUUGUAGUCGACAUGGAUAAUGGCCACGUGAAUACUUUCGCGAAGGGAAUAGAGAAUGCUCACAGUUUGGCUGUAUCAGACGAUGGAACUAUCUUGAUUGGUCAAAUAAAUCCCAAUCAAAUAAUACAAUUAUCACUGGCAGAUCAAUGA